UACAGUUGGGUAAAGGAACAAAGUCAGUUGGGAUUGUUGGGCUACCGAAUCACCCCAUGGGAACAGAAUUAACAAUUGCUUCUUGGAGUUUGAGAUGAAAGGGGGAAACGGUGGAUUAUAUCGCGAUUAAAAACAAACAAACAAACAAAAAAAAAAAAAAGCAUUUGAGUGAAAUGAAAGAACAUGGAAUGAAGAGCGAAGUUUUGAAAUCAUGAGUGCAGAUAUAAAGAAGCCACCAGUGGCCCCUAAACCCAAGUUUGCUGUGACCCAGAAGCCUCUUCCUCCACCAGUUGCACCCAAGCCAGAUAUUGUUCUGUCACAUUCUGCCCCUUUGCCGAAGAAAGCCAAGCCAGUAAUAGCCCCAAAACCAAGGCUUCCGAAAAGCUCUUCUGUUCCUGAAGUGAAACCUUGCCCUCAAAAAAACAAAAAUAAAAAUCUAAAGGAAGAGAAAAUUGACUUGUCCCAGAAAAUGGGUGUCCUUAAUUGUAAAAAUGGCUUGCAGAAAGAACUGCAUGAGAUUAAUUCCAGCUAUAUCAUACCAACAUGCACCUGCAGCUUUGAUUGCAGCCAUACGUGCAAUAAUACGGAGCACUGUAACGAAAAUGAAAUGUUCAUUGGUCAGCUGGAAAAGCUGGAGGUCUGGCAAAAUGAAAACAUUGAUGGACAACGGAGUCCUCUUCUUUCAAGGACAAGAAUCAAACAAGACACUGGCCAGGAAAAGGCUUUGAACAAGAAUCAGGUGGUCCUGAAGGCCAGCUUUUUGGAACAAAAACUCAAAGAUGUUUUGGUCCAAGCUGUAUCGCCUAAUAAUUAUCACAUCAAAUCACAGCAAAAACCUCUGGAGAAAUCCAAUACCAUGAAAGAGGCUUCUGACACUGAACAGGUUUCACCCACAGCUAAUUUUGGUGAUCUUGCAGAAAAAAGUCUUGAUGAAUUGGAGAAUGGUAAGCAUCAAGAGGGACCAGGAAGUGCCGACAGCACAGUCCUAUCAACUGAGAGCAGAUGUGAACUAAGCAAGGAGACCAGACAUCCGCACGACUCUUCAGUACCACAAGCUGCACCGACUAAAGCUCUUCCAGUCCCAAAACCCAGAAAACCAAGAAAUCCUGGUCUUGUCAGACAAAACUGUAUUGAAACAUUUGUGGAUGAAAAAACAGAUACGAGUGAGCUAUUGCUAAAUGAACAAGAUAGCCUUGUCAAAUGUAGUCAAAUAAAGUCCCCAAAUGUUUCUAUUCAUGCUCAGAGUGUUUCAUAUACCAGAAAGAGCAAUGAAAAUUCUGAGCUUUGUAAACUCCUGCCUGACACAGACAGUGCUCCUCAAACAGUUGAAAAACCUGUGACGCCUGAUGUGCUGUGUAAUCAUUUUCCAUCAUUUGAGCAGCGCAAAGCCUCUGACAUACCAGUGGAAAUAUCUGGGAAUGUGGAAGAUGAAGCUUGUAAACAAUCCAAUACAGAAACUGAAAGUGAAAACACCCCUCCGACUGAGCAAAAUAGCAACUUCAUCCGCUGUGGCACUUUGACUUUGAGUUUGCCCAAACAACUUAAACUGUCUUGUGAUCUGUCUGUAGCAAACAGCCCAGCUGUUGUAGAAUUGAAAAAUGGCAACAAGAAAUUGCCUGUCAAAACAGAACGGUCCCCGAGAGUGGCUCCAAAGAAGCCCCAAAGGCACAGUUUGCCAGCAGCAGGCUUGCUGAAAAAAGACUUAUCAGCAGAGUUGAACGAGAGCAGUCCCAGUGCAACAGUAGAAGAAAGCAAUCCUGAAUUCACAGAUCAUUUGCAAGGGCAGCCUCAGGAGAAACCAACAUGGAAGCUGCCUCACCCAAUUGUACCCUUUUUAGGGUACCCUGAAUCUUUAAAAAACAGCAAUGCUCAGAAUGUUCCUUGCACUGCUCCUCAUAUCAGUCUUGGAAAAACCAGGGCAAAGUCGUUUUCAUCAGCAGACAUGGAAAGAUCUGAGAUCUCUCCCAAAACAGGCCAAAAGAAGAACUCUUUAAGGAAGUUCCUGGGCAUGAAACUUGCUGUGAAAAUGUUUGACUUUCCCAAGUUCUUUACCAAGGGGAGCCAGUCGCCAGACAGCAGCACAGCAGUAGGAAAUAUCUCUGUGGAAGGAAAUGGGGCCGAUGGGGAGUCAAACCCAGGCUCGCCGGGAGGUGAUAGGAAAAGCAAACCGGUUAAGGAAUUUUCUGCUGAAUCGCAUAGUCCUGUGUCCCAGAAGCAUGGGCUGAAACUGAAAGGGCAGUUUGACAUGCAGAGCAGCAGGCCUGCCAAAUGGGAUUUAGUGGAUGAAACCGAAGGCCCUUGUUUACAGACCUCUGAGGAGGGGUGUUCACCGACACAUUCAUUCACAAGUCAAGGAUCAGCUGUUGAAUAUGAGAACCUGCCUUACUAUGAGGAAAUCCCUGAAUACAUGAAUCUGCCUUUCCUACAUGCUUCUGGGAAUCGCAUCCCACACUCUCCGGCUUUUGGCUGGCAAAAUUCCUGCAGCCUAGAAGACUUGGAGACAACAGUAUAUGAGGUACAGGAACCUUACGAACCCACGAGGAGUUAUAUAACCUACAGGCAAAAGAACAUAUACGGCAGGCCCUCGCAGGACGAGGAUCCUGAUCUGGAGGAUGUCCGCUCUGACGAAGAGGAAGUCAUUUACAGCUCGGAAGAAGAAGACGCUAGUUCAGCCUCCAGCAAAGGAGAGCUUGAUCUUCUGGAGGGAAGCCAGCAUGAUGAGCUACGAGGCAACAAAACGAAAGUUGUCCACAUCGCCAAGGAGAUCAUGAGUUCAGAGAAAGUGUUUGUGGAUGUUCUCAAACUCCUUCAUAUUGAUUUCCGAGAUGCUGUGGCUAAAGCCUCUCGGCAGAUUGGGAAGCCUGUGAUUGAGGACCGGAUACUGAACCAGAUUCUCUACUACCUUCCCCAGCUGUAUGAGCUGAACCGGGACCUGCUGCUGGAGCUGGAGGAGCGAAUGGCUCACUGGAAUGAUAAUCAAAGGAUAGCUGACAUCUUUGUGAAGAAGGGACCAUACCUCAAAAUGUAUUCCACCUAUAUCAAAGAGUUUGAUAAGAAUGUGGCAUUGCUGGAUGAGCAGUGCAGGAAGAACCCUGUGUUUGCUGGAGUUGUGAAGGAGUUUGAGAUGAGCCCGCGCUGUGCAAGCCUGGCACUCAGACAUUACCUGCUGAAACCUGUGCAGAGAAUUCCACAGUACAGACUGCUGCUCACAGAUUACUUGAAAAACCUCAUUGAAGAUUCCACAGAUUAUAGAGAUACACAAGCUGCUCUUAUUGUUGUCAUAGAAGUGGCCAAUCAUGCAAAUGACAUCAUGAAACAAGGGGAUAACUUUCAGAAGCUCAUGCAGAUCCAGUAUAGUUUGAACGGUCACCCUGAGAUUGUUCAGCCGGGGAGGGUUUUUCUCAAGGAAGGAACCCUGAUGAAGCUCUCCCGGAAAGUCAUGCAGCCCCGACUGUUCUUUCUGUUUAAUGAUGGCCUGCUGUAUACCACCCCUGUACAGUCUGGAAUGUAUAAACUAAACAACAUGUUGUCUUUGGCUGGAAUGAAGGUUAGCAAACCAACCCAAGAAGCCUAUCAGAAUGAGCUGAACAUAGAAAGUGUGGAACGUUCGUUUAUUCUGUCAGCCAGCUCUGCCACAGAACGGGAUGCAUGGCUGGAAGCCAUUUCAAAAGCAAUUAAUGACUAUACCAAGAAGAGAAUUACAUUUAGUACCAGCAAAAGCGAAGAGGCUGAUCCAGUGGAAGUGGAGAGCGACACCCCUCUUGGAUCCAAGGCUCCCAUCUGGAUCCCAGACCCCAGGGCCACCAUGUGUAUGGUCUGUACCUGUGAGUUCACUGUCACCUGGAGGAGGCACCACUGCAGAGCCUGUGGGAAGAUUGUGUGUCAAGCCUGUUCUUCCAACAAACACAGCCUUGAAUACCUCAAGAAUCAACCUGCUAGAGUCUGUGAUCACUGCUUCAGAGAGCUUCAGAAGAAUGAUAAUCAGUCCUCACCCAAAGUUCUGUCCCCUACCAGCAAGUCUCCAUCGAGUACCUUGUCUUCCGUUCUCCAUAGCAUUCCUUCAGGACGAAAGCAAAAGAAAAUCUCAGCUGCCCUGAAAGAAGUGUCUGCAAGCACUGAAGACUCUUCUAUGAGUGGCUACCUGUACAGGUCCAAGGGUAAUAAGAAGCCAUGGAAACAUCUAUGGUUUGUCAUAAAGAACAAAGUAUUAUACACUUAUGCUGCUAGCGAGGAUGUGGCUGCUUUAGAGAGUCAGCCCUUGCUAGGAUUCAGUGUGAAAGAGGAGCGGUCUGAUCAUAAUCCACAAUUCCAGCUCUAUCAUAAAAACACCUUGUUUUACAUCUUCAAAGCAGAUGAACCUCACACUGCCCAAAGGUGGAUAGAAGCUUUCCAAGAAGCCACUGUCCUCUAGCAGUCUCUUGUAUUUGUUUGGUAGAAUAGUAUGAGCAAAGCCAGCACACAAAAUACAGUGAAGCACUGGAUCCCGUGGAAGAAACCAAUCUUAUCUCACCAAUGUUUCACAUUUACAAACAUGCUACAGUUUAAGUUAUGUCCUGUGUAACUUAUUUGUAUCUUUCUAAAUAUACUACACUGCCAAUAUGUCUCCUGCUGGACAUGUCUUUUAAAGAAAAAGAAGCGGUAAUUCUCCUCCAUAGUACAAAACAACAUUAUGAUUCUGAUACGAGGAACAAAUUGUCAAAUAUCUUGUCAAAACUGGAAAAUGAAACUGACCAAACCAACACUACAUUGACUGAAUUUGAUACAUGUUGAGAGAUUUGUCAACAAAAUCACCUGGUGCCUUUUUGUUAAUAGAUAACUGCCAUAUAGUGGUGCUGUAAUUUAUAUAUUUAUAUGUAUUUUUUUAGUAAACAAUUCCAUAAAUACCUAUUACGAUGUCCUUUUGCUGCGAAGUUAACCUUGACUGCCAACAUUUGUCAAAUCUUAUGCCAUGAUCUUAUAUUUUUGUUAAUCAUUUAUUGCUUAUCUGGUGUAUUUUUGCUAAACACAGUUAAGACACCACCAUUUUGAUUUGAAAGUAACCAACGAUUCAAAGAGAAAAUGUGCAUUAGGACAUAUGGCUUGCAGAAUUUGUUGACCAGGUUAUUCAUGAUAAAAUGUUUAUCCUGUGGAAGGAGACCAGUUCAUAUGCUAGUCCAGGGCUGUGCAAGCAAAACCAAGAAGUGCCAUACCUGAUACUCAUCUGUUAACUUCAAACUGUUCUGACCAGCCCUCCUGAGCCUUUUUAAUUGUGAAACUUACUUUGUGUCAACACCAUUACAUGCAGGAUUUUUAAACUGUGUAUUCAUUUUAAAAUGCUAAACAAAGAAACUGGAACAUGUGUCUGUACAUAAUCUUCACUUCCAUUUUAAGAUUGCGCUUUGUAUUUAAAAAUAAAACUAAUAUAUUUACAUUUGCAAAAUCUGACAGAAUAGCUAUGUUUUAAAAUAAGCGUUAUUGGUGCUACUUUUAUAUCAGAUUGUAUUUUUUAUAUUAGAUUGUAAUAUAGCAAUGUGUAUUUUUUCUUCAAAGUUUUGUUAUUGUAUAAACAGUAAUGCCUUUUCAUCAUCUAAAUGUUGCUCGGAGGAUAAAAUAGAUCGAGUGAUUUUAACUGUAUUGAAGGAUUAGUUCAGCUGAUGCAAUUAACUAUUUUCUAAAGAAGUAUGAGUUUACUACACAUUAACUAGAGAGGGUAUUUUAAAAUUACUGGUAAAAAGGGUCCAUUUUUAGGGUCCUCAUUCAGAAAUAGGGACCUUUUUAUACGCUGAUCAUGUCUGCCUGUCUGAAAUGUACUGGUGAACAGGAUAACUUCCUUAAUGUUGCACCAGUCUUCACCACCAUACACUCCGAGCCUCCUAUCGACGUUUUGGAUUGCAUUUGUCUAUAAUCCGAUAAACGUUUGAUUUUAUAUGAAUAUCUUUUAGCCUGUACAUUGCACUUAUUCACUUUCUUUAAGCAGUCCAAAAACAUUACUUUACCAUUUUACACCAUAUCCACCUAAUGCACGUGCACAAAACAUACUGGAAAGAGUGGGUGCAAGUCAUUCAACUUACACACUGGGGUCUACAGUAAGCCUUAUUUUUUUAUUAUACAGGCAACACACAUCAAGGACUACUUCCCAGUGGAGGAUAGACAAUGCUAAAUUGUAAUUUCCAAGCAACAUACAUUCAUGUAAUUUAACUGUCAUCAAUGUUCACUUUUCAUUCUUGACUGCCCAACCUGAUUUUAUGAGUAUAUGUACUUUAAACAACAUAAAAUGUUAUCACUCACUUUCAGCAUUUUGAAUGGAUUGUCCUCAUUUCAGAUCUGUUUUUUUCAUGAUCUAUUUCUUUUUGCUGGAUUAACCUGAUGUGGUUUUAUAGAUAGUAUCCUAUGUUUAUGAAUCUGAGAAUUACCCAGGUUUCUUGUCACAUUUCAAGACCUGUCUUUAUUAUAAUUACUGUGUUAUUAGACACCCCUGUGUGGUGUUCAAUGUCCAAAGUACUGUUUUGUCCUGAGAUACCCAGGUUUAUACACAAUGUCAUGGGGAAAUGUCUGAGUUGUGGUGGAAUAAUAAUAUAGCGGUAGUAUUUAUAUUGAUUUUUUUUUUUUUAUGUUUGUCACAUAAAUAGUAUGGUAUCAUAGGAAGUAUGCAACACUUUAGUGACAAUGCAGUAGGAGAUGUAUUUAUUUGUUCUGCGUACUGUUAGUGUGCAUACAUUUUAACAGCCUAUUUCUUUUUACUACUGACCAAUGUUUUUAGCCAAAUAGCUUGUUGCUCCACUUCAUUUAUAUUAAAAUACCCAAAUAAUCCACUUAAAGCAAUAGAAUGCAUCUAUAUUUAAACUGUUGGAUAUAAACUGUGUUUUGUAACAUACAGUAAGUUGCAUUUGUAACAAUUUCACUGGCCCACGUCUGUCCAUGUCAUUCUACAUUCUGAACAAGAUAACAAUUGAUUUUACUCCAAUCUGCAGCAAACUUUUAUUUUACACUCCUAGCCUCAUAUGAAAGUUUCCUGUGUAUGUGCCUCUGCACUGGCUGACUCGAUAUGGAUUUUAGAGUGAAAUUACUUGCAUAUUUUAUUUUCUGAGCCAUGUCACCCAGUUGCAUUUCUCCGUCAUUUUAGGUGCAAUGUUGCAUAAAAUGUAAGGUGUGCUUUCUUAUUUAAUAAGGUUUUGGCAAAAACUGGUCUGGUCACCAUGGAUUGCACUAUAUUGUAUAAAUACAAAAUUAAGUUUGUACUGUAGGUGAACAAGAACAAAUGACAUCUACUUUGUUAUAAUUUUGUAUCAUGUAAAGUAUUUGUACAGUUUAUAAACAAUCAACUGAACCAAAAA